AUGCAGGAAGAGGAUAAUAACGACAGCGGCGGCGAAUGGAGUAGGGCCACGUAUUCUGACGCGUCUAGAUCAUCGUCACCGAAAUCCAUUGCCCCUCCCUCCUCUUCCUCCUUGAAACGCAAGGCCGAGACCUCCUUAGACGCGUCGAUAGAUCAGAAAGAGUCUCGCAAGGGGACCAAGCGAAGAAAGACGCGUGCUGAUGAAGUAGCCGUCUCCCGUUUGAGAUCAACAAUUAUGGCCUUGCCGCCGAAUAUUGAGGCAAUUCGUCAGACCCUGUUUGAUGUAAGAGAGGAGGUCCGGUGGACGGCUGAGGAAUUCGCCCAACUGUGGCCGUUUAUGGACAACUUCUGGGUAUGCAAUAAGCCCAACAAUCCCAUCACCAAGUCGGGCACCCAGUCAUCCUAUUGGUGGUGUCGUCUACACAAAGGGGCCACUGAGUCCGACAAUGCCGGCUAUGACGUGUCCAAAUUGCAGGCGCCUACUAACCCUGCAAAGGUCUCAGUAGAUAGCGAGGAUGAGGGCUAG